AUGGACCCCUCCCUCUCGCCCCACACGCAGGCCAAGCUGAUCGUCCCCAACAGCACCGCGGGCCUGAUCAUCGGCAAGGGGGGCGCCACAGUGAAAGCCGUGAUGGAACAGUCGGGUGCCUGGGUGCAGCUGUCCCAGAAGCCAGAGGGCAUCAACCUUCAGGAGCGGGUGGUGACCGUCAGCGGCGAGCCGGAGCAGGUGCACAAGGCCGUGAGCGCCAUCGUGCAGAAGGUACAGGAAGACCCCCAGAGCAGCAGCUGCCUCAACAUAAGCUACGCCAACGUGGCCGGCCCCGUGGCCAACUCCAACCCCACCGGCUCACCGUACGCCAGGGGUGGCCCGCUGGUGGCCGCCGCAGCUGCAGCCGGGGCCGCCGGGGGCUUCCUGACGGCGGAGAAGUUGGCCGCUGAGAGUGCCAAGGAGCUGGUGGAGAUUGCGGUGCCUGAGAACCUGGUGGGGGCCAUCCUGGGCAAAGGGGGCAAGACGUUGGUGGAGUACCAGGAGCUGACAGGCGCGCGCAUCCAGAUCUCCAAGAAGGGAGAGUUCCUGCCUGGCACGCGGAACCGGCGGGUCACCAUCACGGGCAGCCCUGCGGCCACGCAAGCCGCUCAAUACCUCAUCAGCCAGCGGGUCACCUACGAGCAGGGAGUGAGGGCCUCAAACCCCCAGAAAGUGGGAUGAGGCCUGUGGUGUGUGCUCCCACCCCUCCUCCCGGCCCCUUCUCCUCCUCUUCCUUCUCCUCCCCUCCCCCACCCCCACCCCCAACUCCUGACCUCAGCUCGGGUGUAGUCCUGCUCCUCCUGGGAUGGGGCUGGGGUAAGCCUGACUGCACCCCCCCCUCCUUCUGGUAGUCGUAGGCAGGAUUGAGUGAUGGCUGGGGAUGGGGCCCAGAAGCUCCCUCCCCGGCUCUGAACUGACCCUUCUUCCUUCCUCCCUGUGCUUGACUGGGCCUGACCCUCCACUCCCAGGGCCCGGGUCUGUGUGAUAUCUGUAUAUAUUGCAUUUUGUUGAUUUUAAUAGAAAACAAAGCGUUAUUUUCUCUUUC